GGGGCGGGGCCAGAAGAGCGGGCUAAGUGGCCGGAGGAGGUGGAGGCGGCUGGGAGAGGCGAGAGAUCUGGCCGAUUUUAGCGUCGAAACUGGGAGAAAUAGGAAUGGCUGUAGAGGAACUUCAGUCUAUAAUAAAGAGAUGUCAAAUCCUAGAAGAGCAAGACUUUAAAGAAGAGGAUUUUGGCCUAUUUCAGUUAGCUGGGCAAAGAUGCAUAGAAGAAGGGCACAUAGACCAGCUAUUAGAAAUUAUUCAAAAUGAAAAGAAUAAGGUCAUCAUCAAGAAUAUGGGCUGGAAUCUCAUUGGUCCUGUUGUUCGAUGCCUUUUGUGUAAAGAUAAAGAGGAUGCUAAAAGAAAAGUUUGCUUUUUGAUCUUUGAUUUAUUAGUAAAGUUAUGCAAUCCAAAGGAAUUAUUGUUGGGUUUGCUUGAACUGAUUGAAGAGCCCUCUGGAAAACAGAUAUCCCAAAGUAUUCUUCUUUUGCUUCAGCCAUUACAAACAGUGAUUCAGAAAGUUCAUAACAAGGCAUAUUCAAUUGGAUUAGCAUUGUCUACCCUUUGGAAUCAGCUAUCUCUUCUUCCUGUUCCAUACUCAAAAGAACAAAUACAAAUGGAUGACUAUGGCCUUUGUCAGUGUUGCAAGGCCUUAAUAGAGUUCACUAAGCCUUUUGUGGAAGAAGUCAUUGAUAACAAAGAAAACUCACUGGAAAAUGAAAAGUUGAAGGAUGAAUUACUGAAAUUUUGUUUCAAAAGCUUGAAAUGCCCUUUGCUGACAGCACAAUUCCUUGAACAGUCUGAAGAAGGUGGAAAUGAUCCUUUCAGGUAUUUUGCAUCAGAAAUAAUAGGUUUUUUAUCAGCAAUUGGACACCCUUUCCCCAAAAUGAUUUUUAAUCAUGGAAGGAAAAAGAGAACUUGGAAUUACCUUGAAUUUGAAGAAGAAGAAGAUAAACAGUUAGCAGACUCAAUGGCUUCUCUGGCAUAUCUAGUAUUUGUACAGGGCAUCCGUAUUGAUCAGCUUCCAAUGGUCUUAAGCCCAUUGUACCUUUUGCAGUUUAAUAUGGGGCAUAUUGAAGUCUUUUUGCAAAGAACAGAAGAGUCUGUUAUCUCCAAAGGAUUGGAGCUGCUGGAGAAUAGUUUAUUGAGAAUAGAAGACAGUAGUCUACUUUACCAGUACUUAGAAAUCAAGAGUUUUCUUACAGUACCUCAGAGGAAAAAGAGUUUAGCUAUGCUUCAGCUGUAUAUUAACAAGUUGGAUUCACAAGGCAAAUAUACAUUAUUUAGGUGCUUAUUGAAUACAAGUAAUCACUCUGGUGUGGAGGCUUUUAUUAUUCAAAAUAUCAAAAAUCAAAUUGACAUGUCAUUAAAGAGAACACAUAACAACAAAUGGUUUACAGGACCACAGUUGGUUUCCCUUCUUGAUUUGGUACUUUUUCUUCCAGAGGGUGCGGAAACAGAUUUACUGCAAAACUCAGAUAGGAUUAUGGCUUCAUUAAAUUUAUUGAGGUAUUUGGUUAUCAAAGAUAAUGAAAAUGACAAUCAAACUGGAUUAUGGACAGAACUUGGAAAUAUUGAGAAUAAUUUCUUAAAGCCACUUCAUAUAGGACUUAAUAUGUCAAAAGCACAUUAUGAAGCAGAAAUUAAAAAUAGCCAAGAGGCCCAGAAAUCUAAAGAUCUUUGUUCUAUAACUGUAGGUGGAGAAGAGAUCCCUAAUAUGCCUCCUGAAAUGCAGCUUAAGGUCCUACAUUCAGCUCUUUUCACAUUUGAUUUGAUUGAAAGUGUUCUAGCUCGAGUGGAAGAACUCAUUGAAAUAAAAACAAAGUCUACCUCUGAAGAAAAUAUUGGGAUAAAGUGAAAGUUCCACUUCCUUAAUAAAGUAAAAACUCAUAAAAUAGAGUAUCAUUUUCCAUUAUGAUUUAUUUAAUACCAUUAUAAAAUUUUUUCUGUAAAAAUUUACUGCUUGAAAAAUAAAUGUAGCUUCUCUCAUUUAUCAGUUUCUAUAAUGAUAUACUAUAGAAGUUUUUUUGUUGUUUUAAAGUUAUCUAAUGGUAAAUAAUGCCCACAUAUGUCCUAAAUACUAUUUUUGAAAAUCCAAUACAAACUAAUAAUUUUGUAACUUCAUAAAAUGUAGUUGAAUUGUCUAUAUUCAUUCCUACAGUUUUAGUGAGCUUAUAAAAAUACUGAUACAUUUUCUGCUGAAGUUAGAUGCUAUGUAACAUUUCGGAACUCCUAGUGUCAAGUUGGCUAUCACACCAGUGUAAAUGAGUAGAAAGUUUUGAAUUCAGGCCAGUUGACUUUUUUCUUAGCUUCUCUUUUCCUGGCUUAGGUGGAGUCUUUGGGAGCAGAGUCCCAUCACCACCUCUCCAGCAGAAGUUAUAAUAGGAAAACAUCUACAAAGAUUAGUUUUAGAAAUACUUGCUACCUUUAUGGAAAAAAAACUACAUAUGACUUUAAGAAACUGAUUAGAAAAUUCUGUAUUUUUAUUUCCUACUAAAUACUUGUCCAUCUAAGAAGCUACACCUGAGUUUUAUGAUAUAUGUAUGUACCAAUCCUUUGCUAAACAGCGUUAAAGAAAUCUCACAGUAAAACUCCUAAAAUAAAAUCACUUUUAAUUGUA